CAAACGUUGGCAAGUAAACUGGGCAUGCGAUCCAAAUUCACAUCAAGAUGUCAUUAAAUGUACCCAUUAUCGAUGUUCAUCGGGAGAAUUUCAAAGAUUUCUGGCCAGCCAUCAAUUUAGCGAUCCAGACGGCAUCAUAUAUUGCUAUUGACACAGAGCUCAGUGGUCUAGGCAAUAGGCGAAAACUUAUGGCAAAAUCCAUUGAGGAUAGAUACAAGUCUAUCGCCGAGGUUGCCAAGACACGGUCCAUCCUGUCUCUAGGACUAUCCUGUUUCAAGAUCCAGGAUGAGGAGGAGGACCACAACAGUCCAGCAGGCGAGACGUCACCAGGCCCAGGUCCUAGCAGUCAGAAGUUCCUGGCCCAGACCUUCAACAUCCUGACCCUGUGUAAUGAGGACUAUAUGGUAGAGCCAGGAGCUCUGCAGUUCUUGGUGGGCCAUGGCUUUGACUUCAACAAGCAGUACUCCUGCGGUGUUCCAUACUGCAGGGGACCAGACAGGAAAGAGGACAAAUCAUGGCCGACACUGCGGCUUCUUUUUAACAACAUUUUGGCUUCAAAGAAGCCACUGACCCUCCACAAUGGUCUCGUAGACCUUGUGUUCCUGUACCAGAAUCUUUACACAGACCUCCCGCCCUCUAGCGCCCAGUUCAUUGCAGACCUCUACGAGAUGUACUCUGGUGGAAUCAUAGACACCAAGUAUGUGGCAGAGUAUGAAGCUAGGAUGCCGUCGUCUUACCUGGAAUAUGUCUUUAGGAAAAGUCAAAGAGACAAUGCCAUAAGAAAGACUAAAGGGCUCCACCAUGCAUCAGUAGUCUUCUGCCAGUACUCUCCUGAGAUGAAUGCUGUAGAAUACCAGAGCUACCUGCUACCACCGGACUUCGCAGAUAGGCAAAACGGAGGAACUCCUGGAAACAAGUCUACGGAUAUUUGUGAAAUUUAUGCGGCCCAUGGAUGUUGUGGCAAAGGGAUCCACUGUCCAAAGUCACAUGACCCUAACGCAAUCUUAGACGCUGAGGAGAUCAUCGUUGAGGACAAGCGUAAGCGUAAGAGGAGAAGGAGAAAUCGCAAGAACAGAAACCAAGAAGUGGAUGCCGUGGAGGGAGAGACUGAUGAGAAAAAGAUGAAAGAUGGAGAGGGUGAGGGAGAAGAGAAGCAAAAAGAGGAAAACAUGAACGGAGCCGGCGCUGCACCUGAAGGAAACGAAGCAGUAGGAGAAGAAAGUGUUCCAGUGGCGGAUGGUGAUAAACCUGAUGAUCUUAACAAGGCAAAUGAUACUGAAGGCGCAACUGAGUCGGGUCCUCUACCAAACGGUGCCGAUGGGCCUAAGAGGACAGAGCCAAAGGGUAUUGUACCAAAGAAAAGCGGGAGUCAUCGGGCCGGGUUUGAUGCCUUCAUGACUGGUUUUGCUACGGCAGCCUUCAUUGCAAGAUUCGGGUCAACAGAGACACCAGAGGGCGCUACUAAACUGCAGAGUACAGCAGCCAGACAGAAGCAAGGUGGACAGCUCACCAGUAGGGUAGGACAGCUGGACCAGGAAGAGUCUUGUAUGGAGCGAUGCGGCAUCGGUCAUUUGACCAAUAAGCUGUACCUGAGCGGUAAGGACUAUCCUUUAGCUGUGGCCAAGAGUUCCUUCACCAAGACGUCCACACUGCAUAAGGACAAGAUGGAUAUGAUUAUAAAGUUGAUGGCAAGAUGAGGAUAUAGAUGGGUGACAAGAACUACCUACAAAGUAGAAGUGUUGGGGUCUAGUGGAUAUAUCACCAGACUGUGGAUCAUAUAGUUAGCCGUUCGAGAGGCCGUCGCGUCAACAAUGCCCCAUGGCAAGACAUUUAUCUACAUUUGCCACUCUCCACCCAGGUGAAGUAAAAGGGUACCCAAUAGGAAAGAAUUCCUUGAAUGCUUUAGCACCUUAUCAUGGCGGCUCAGCUACAACCGGGGUAAUGAUAUAUGUAUGAAGCACAGUGGAGUAUAUUCAUAUACAAUGUAUUAGCUGCACUAUAUAAAUGGACCCAUUUUUACUAUUACUACCUCUGGCCUAAUUUUUUUUUUUAUCCAAGCUGUCAAAGAUAUAAAAUGAAUUCUCA